AUGCCACACGUCACGAAAACCCCCGAUUCUGUGCAGGCCUACGUCAACUGUCACCUGCCACCAGCCAAGGGUGAAAAGUAUCCAGUCCAAUACAUAGCUACAGUAGGCUUCCAGAGAGCGAGGUAUGACAAGCAACUCGUCAACGUGACCGACAGUCGUACGUGUGAAGAUGACUUCAAGCUUGACACCCACGGCUUUCAGUGGGUUGAGAGCACGAUCCAAGAGAAGCAGUGGGACGGCGACUAUCGAUUUGGACUGCCCCCUCAACUGCAGAAAGAUGUCCAAGAUCUUCUGAAGCGACACACGGGAGCGACAUACGUCCAUCCCUUCGCUCCUCAUGUGAUUCGCCGUGACAGUCACCAGAAGAUUGUCAACAUUGAGGAUGAUGUCCCGGACGAUGCAAUGCUGAACAUGCAACCGCCUGCAAUGUUUGUCCACGUCGACCAAUCCUAUGACGGGGCUCAAAUCAUUCUCGAUAGACUUCCUGAAGCAGAGAUGCUUCGCGCCAAGACAGGCAACCGUUGGGGCAUUAUCAAUGUGUGGCAGCCUCUCAAGCCCGUGAACCGCGAGCCUCUCGCCGUCUGCGAUGCCCGCAGUGUUGACGAGUCUGAUCUUGUUCCCGUCACUACCCGCAUUGUAAUUGGAAAACCCCCCAAUACCAUGAACAAGGACAAUGAGCAGUGGCAUAUGAAGGCAAGUCCGAAACAUAAAUGGUACUAUGCUAGCAAUAUGACAACGGACGAGGCGCUUUUGAUCAAGUGUUUCGACUCAAAGUUGGACGGGAGGGCGAGGCGCACGCCGCACACCGCGAUUCAAACUCCGAACGACUUCGGUCCACCUCGUGAGAGCAUUGAGAUCCGGUGUCUCGUUUUCUGGGAGGACCAGGAAAAGGAAUAG